GCGUCAGCAUCCCCCACAGGCAGCACGAUGGAGAUCAAUACGAAGCUGAAAUUGUUCCAAGUCAUUUUUUAAGCAAAUCCUCAGCAUGAAAAGGAGAGAAGACUCAGUCGCAGAGCUGACGGGCUCCACAAAAUCCCUUUYAAAAAACUGGUAGCAGGUGUAACGGGCCAGGUAUUGCCAUGGAACACCACCAGUUAGAAAACAUCGUUCACUUUUCCCCACAAAAAUAGUCAAAAAUGUUUACCUUCCUCUGGACUGGUGUUGCCUGAUACAAAGCUGCUAUGGCUUUUUGUAAUGAAAGCCUGCCCGAGGAGUGCACCUUCAUGGAGCCAGGUGUGGAGGAAGCUGCAGAAAGCCUCCCAUCGGAAGCUGCCACUCCCCUGGUGUCGGUCACGCUCCGUGUGACCCUGGCAGCGAUAAUGAUCUUCAUGAUCACAAUUGGUUUCCUCGGCAAUGCCAUCGUGUGUCUGAUUGUUUAUCAGAAGCCGGCCAUGCGCUCUGCCAUCAACCUCCUCCUCGCCACGYUAGCCUUCUCUGACAUCAUGCUCUCCCUGCUCUGCAUGCCCUUCACYGCCGUCACCGUGGCCACGGCUGAUUGGAGUUUUGGGAGUGGGUUUUGUCGAGCCUCCAUCAUGCUGUACUGGCUGUUUGUCCUGGAGGGCGUGUCCAUCCUCCUCAUCAUCAGCGUGGACCGUUUCCUUAUCAUCGUGCAGCGGCAGGACAAGCUGACCCCGCACCGAGCUAAGGUUUUGAUAGCGGGUUCGUGGGUGCUGAGCCUGUGUGUGUCCCUGCCGUCUGUAGUCGGGUGGAGGACUGGUGCAGCAGGAGUCGGGGGUGCCUGGGCGCCGCAGUGCGUGCUGGGUUACAGUGAGUCUGUGGCAGAUCGUGGAUACACGGUGCUUUUAGCUGUAGCUGUGUUUUUUGUUCCGUUCACGGUCAUGCUGUACUCUUACAUGUGCAUCCUGAACACGGUGCGCCGCAACACCCUGCGCAUCCACAACCACACCAGCGAGCAUUCCUGCCUUCCAGCCCUCAACCAAGUCAGCAAAAUGAGACUCACCGGGCUACAGCGCCCGCCUAAGAUCAAAGUGGACAUGAGCUUCAAAACCAGAGCCUUCACCACCAUCCUCAUUCUGUUUGUGGGCUUCUCUGUGUGCUGGCUGCCUCACACGGUUGUGAGCCUGCUGGCCGUGUUCAGCCGACAGUUCUACUACAGCCCUCUCUUCUACCCCAUCAGCAUCGGCGCUCUGUGGCUGAGCUACCUGAAGACCGUGUUCAACCCCGUCAUCUACUGCUGGAGGAUCCGGAAGUUCAGGGAGGCCUGCCAGGAGUUCAUCCCCAAGAGCUGCAGACUGUGUCCCCGAGUGCCCGGCAGGAGUCACCGACGAGUGCGACCCAGCAACAUUUACGUUUGCAGCGAGAGCCAGUCRUCUGUGUGAGACCACCAGGGCCACUUUGCUUCCAAAUGUUUUUGAAAGAUGAUAGUUUACUUUUUCUACAAUAUUAAUGUAUGUUCAAUUUGAAAUGUGCCAAAAAAAAAAGAAAAGAUAUUUUUUUUACUUCAUGAAGUUCAAAAGUUCUAUUAAUGCAUUUUCAACUUAUUGAUUCAACUUUCUGACUAUUCCAGUCAAACUUUUUGUUAAAUAUUUUACUUUGGAGUUUUUAUUUUUCUUGUUUCUGAGCUUUUAUUCCAUUGAUCCACUCUGUAAACUCAGUAUUCAGUCAGAAACAGGUGAUGAAACAGGUGAUGAUGGUGAGAAUACUGUAUAUCUAUCUUCAAACAGGAGACAAGUUUUGAAGUCAAAGCAUUUAUCCUUGUGAAAGAAAUUUGAGCAGGAAUGCAAUAUUCUGUCAGAUCAAACAUCUAAUUUUGCUGGAUUUAUUUUCCUGAUGGUUUCAUGACAAAUUAUACCAAGUAAAUAAAGUUGUCUUUUAGUAAAAUUA